AUGAACCCCAAGGCUGCUUCAAAGAAGCGCAAGGCUGUUACUCGAGAUGUGGAGGAGGAAGCAGGUGUAUUCUCCGGUGACGAAUUGAGCAAAGAUAACCUCGAUGGAGCUUUGUCGGACAACGCCAACGAUCUUUCGGAAAGUGAAGACGAGGAUAGCGACUCAGAAAUCGAACUGGUUGACGAAUUCAGCGACGAGGAAGAUGGAGAAGAGGAACUGGACAGUGACGAGAUUCCUUCUGAUACUGAGGAAUUGAAGCCCGCUGCCGGUGAACCCAACUUCCGCGUUGUGAAGGAUGCCAAUGGAAACGAUCGCUAUCUCUGGGACGAAAUCCACCCUGACGACAACUCCGAACUUUCUGAGGUGGACCAGACCGCCAACACCAUAGGCGAUAUCCCGCUGAAGUUCUACGACGAGUAUCCUCAUAUUGGCUACGACAUCAAUGGAAAGAAGAUCAUGCGCCCUGCCAAGGGCGAGGCCUUGGAUGCGUUGCUGGAUAGUAUUGAGAUCCCCAAGGGCUGGACUGGUCUUACCGACCCUAAGACCGGCAAGCCCUUGCAGUUGAGCCAGGACGAGUUGGAGCUUCUCCGCAAGGUGCAGAUGAACGAGGUUCCCUCUGAGGGCUAUGACCCGUAUGAGCCUCUGGUUGAAUGGUUCACCAGCGAGCAGGAGAUUAUGCCUCUGAGCGCCGCUCCCGAGCCCAAGCGCCGCUUCGUUCCCUCCAAACAUGAACAAAAGCGUGUUAUGAAACUCGUGAAGGCCAUCCGCGAGGGCCGCAUUCUUCCUUACAAGGCGCCCGAGGAUAGAGAAGAGAAGGAGGAGGAACUCAUCAACUACGACCUGUGGGCCGAUGAACUUGAGCGACCCGAUCACGUUAUGCAUAUCCCGGCGCCCAAACUGCCACCUCCUGGUUACGAAGAGAGUUACCACCCGCCUCCCGAGUACCUACCUGAUAACAAGGAACGUAAGGAAUGGGAGCAGACCGAUCCCGAGGAUCGCGAAAAGGAUUUCCUGCCCAAAGACUUUGGCUCCUUGCGCAGAGUUCCCGGAUACGACAACUUCGUUCAGGAGAAGUUUGAGCGCUGCUUGGAUCUUUACCUUGCUCCGCGUGUGCGCCGUAGCAAGCUUAACAUUGACCCCGAGAGCCUUCUUCCCAAGCUGCCCAGCCCCGAAGAGCUGAAGCCCUUCCCCACCACCUGUGCUACAGUCUUCCGCGGCCACAAGGGCCGUGUGCGCGCUGUCAACGUGGACCCAACCGGAGUUUGGCUGGCGACUGGUGGCGACGACGGUACUGUCCGUGUCUGGGAACUCCUCACUGGUCGCCAGCUGUGGAGCGCCAAGCUCAGCGACGACGAAGCCGUCAACACUGUCCGCUGGCGUCCGGGUAAGGAUGCUGUCAUCCUCGCCGCAACCGCAGGCGAUGACAUCUUCCUCGCCGUGCCUCCUAUCGUUGAUCCCGAAAUCGAGAAGGCUAGUUUGGAUAUCCUCGACGCAGGUUGGGGUUUCGCCGCCUCUAGGCCGGCACCCAGUGCCUCAGAGGAAGGCAAGAAAAACGCGCCUCCAACAUGGAUUCGUCCUGAGGCCGCUCUUGUGGAUGCCGGCGUCUGCGUUGUCAUUCCUCUGCGCUACGUGCCCAAGACAAUUUCUUGGCACCGCCGCGGCGACUACUUCGUGACAGUGUGCUCAGGCGCCUCUACACCCGCUUCCGUCGCGAUCUCCAUUCACACACUCAGCAAGCACUUGACGCAAUUCCCCUUCCGACGCCGCCUAAAGGGCGGUGGUCCCCCACAGACUGCACACUUCCACCCGUCGAAACCCAUCCUGUUCGUGGCAAACCAGCGCUCCAUUCGUGCAUACGAUCUUUCGCGCCAGCUUCUCGUCAAGAUCUUGCAGCCUGGUGCGCGCUGGAUCUCGUCCUUCGACAUCCACCCGACUUCAUCCAGCGCCUCUGGCGGCGACAACAUCAUUGUCGGUUCAUACGAUCGCCGUCUGCUGUGGCACGAUCUAGAUCUCUCCCAGCGUCCUUACAAGACCCUCCGCUACCACCGCAAGGCUAUCCGCGCCGUCAAGUUCCAUCCCAGUGGCCGCUACCCGCUCUUCGCAGAUGCCUCUGACGAUGGAUCGCUGCAGAUUUUCCACGGCAGCGUUACUGGUGACAUGCUCAGCAAUGCUACCAUUGUGCCUCUCAAGGUUCUCAAGGGCCACAAGAUCACUGGAGAGCUUGGUGUCUUGGAUAUCGAUUGGCACCCGCGUGAGGCGUGGGCUGUCAGUGCCGGUGCCGAUGGAACCUGUCGCUUGUGGAUGUAA